AUGGACGGGCUCUACAAUCUUGAACCAGCAGCAUUGGCCGAGGUGCCGUCACUUUGGCGCGGCUAUGACUUCUGGUCAGACUCAAUGCAGACCCCUGAGUCACCCGAGUGGCCGGAAUCCUUGGAAAUACAGCCACCAUUUCCCAUUGCAAGAGAACCGUCAUUCGAAGUGCCCUGGGAGCAAGACCGUCUGGGCCAUUAUCCAAGCUCAACCCGCCCCAGCCAGAGAUAUGAAUACGAGAUAACACCGCCUCCUCAGCAAUGGUUCGCGCCCACGAACUCGAGCCCGCCGCCUCAUCUGUGGCCGAACAUAAACAACGAAACCCAAUACAACACCCGUCGUGAAUACCCCAAAUCAGGCCGCGGAUCUCUGGCUCCCACCAGCAAAGAGCCCACACGAGAUCCAAAAACAAGAGUGUCCGCCCAGCGAACACUCCCCGCCAGCUACAGAGUGAGCAAACCACUCGCUGCCCCCACGGGGCGGGCUUCGUUAGCACAUCGACUCAAGCAAGGCACCUUCAAGCUUCGAGAUUUGCUAUGGACCAAAAAGGCCCCUGAAUCGCCCGAGAUUGACGCUCUUAGCGUCGGCGGUGGCCCGGCGGACGCCAGCCCAGGAGGGGAAGGGGACAGAGGACGUGGUCUGCCGUGGUCUAUUUUGUCCAGCAGCAGGAGAGAAAAGAAAGCGGCCGCCCGGCGGGCGAAGGAAAAUGGAAGUGAGGAGCCGGCCGCCACCGAGAAUUGGGGGGAAUCAUCGACGUCGACCUACGGGAAUCAGUCACUAGCUACGUCUGGGUCUGGGUCCCAGCAGACUCAGCCGCCGACUGAUGUGGAGAGUUUGAGGACCGAUGAUAUGGACAUCGACAUUGCGGUUAAGGCGUUGCAGCCCGCACAGGCGAAACGGGAAAGCGUCGAGUUCACGCUGGAGCUGGAUUGUGGGCAUGUGGUGGGAAGUGAUAGUUUUAGCAAGAUGGUGGAUGACGCGAAGGUUUUUGGAUUGGAGGCGAGGUGUCCGUGUUGCUUCAACUUGCCUACCACGGCGACGGUAUGA